AGCGCCCCCGAGCAGCACCUGCGUCCUCCGCUACUCCUCGGCCAGGACCUCGGGAGAAGGACGCCCGCAAACCGCUCGCCGCCCCGGCCCUCGCCUCGCCGCCUCCCGGCCCACUACCCCAGCCGCACCGGCUCGCCCGCUGCGCUCUGGUGUGUUGGCGUCUUUGCCUCCGCGCUAGCCGGGACCCCUCCUGCGCGCCACGAUGAGCUCCCGCACCGCCAGGACGCUCGCCCUCGCCGUCACCCUUCUCCACUUGGCCAGGCUGGCUCUCUCCACCUGCCCCGCCGCCUGCCACUGCCCCCUGGAGGCUCCCAAGUGCGCCCCGGGAGUCGGGCUGGUCCAGGACUCCUGCGGCUGCUGUAAGGUCUGCGCCAAGCAGCUCAACGAGGACUGCAGCAAAACGGAGCCCUGCGACCACACCAAGGGGCUGGAAUGCAACUUCGGCGCCAGCUCCACCGCUCUGAAGGGGAUCUGCAGAGCUCAGUCGGAGGGCAGACCCUGUGAAUAUAACUCCAGAAUCUACCAGAAUGGGGAAAGUUUCCAGCCCAACUGUAAACAUCAGUGCACAUGUAUCGACGGCGCCGUGGGCUGCAUUCCUCUGUGCCCCCAAGAACUCUCUCUCCCCAACUUGGGCUGCCCCAACCCCCGGCUGGUCAAAGUUACCGGGCAGUGCUGUGAGGAGUGGGUCUGCGACGACGACAGUGCUAAGGACCCUAUGGACGACAGGGAGGGCCUUCAGGGCAAGGAGCUGGCCUUCGAUGCCUCGGAGGUGGAGUUAACGAGAAACAAUGAAUUAAUUGCAGUUGGAAAAAGCGGCUUCCUGAAGCGGCUCCCGGUUUUUGGAAUGGAACCUCGCAUUCUUUACACCCCUUCUUCACAUGGCCAGAAAUGUAUCGUCCAAACAACUUCGUGGUCCCAGUGCUCAAAGACCUGUGGAACUGGUAUCUCCACACGCGUUACCAAUGACAACCCUGAAUGCCGCCUGGUGAAAGAAACCCGGAUCUGUGAAGUGCGGCCUUGUGGACAGCCGGUGUACAGCAGCCUGAAAAAGGGCAAGAAAUGCAGCAAGACCAAGAAAUCCCCCGAACCGGUUCACUUUACUUACGCUGGAUGUUCGAGUGUGAAGAAAUACCGGCCCAAAUACUGCGGUUCCUGCGUGGACGGCCGCUGCUGCACGCCUCAGCAGACCAGGACUGUCAAGAUGCGGUUCCGCUGCGAAGACGGUGAAAUGUUCUCCAAGAACGUCAUGAUGAUACAGUCCUGCAGAUGCAGCUACAACUGCCCGCAUGCCAGCGAGGCGGCCUUCCCCUUCUACAGGCUGUUCAAUGACAUCCACAAGUUUAGGGACUAAAUGCGACUCGGGUUUCCAGCGCAAGGGUGCACAAAGUGGGGAGAGAGGAGUUUCAGAGUCACGGAGGCAUGGGUGCGGGCGGCGGGGUGAAGGGACUUAUGGUAGAAGGGAGGCAUUGCUCAUUCUUGAGUAGGAUUAAGGAAUUUCGAAACUGCCAGGUGUGCUGGUGCACGUGGACUCUAAUGCAGCUGCGAUUGGAGGAUACUUCGCUUCAUAGUAUUGGAGCACAUGUUACCGCUUCAUUUUGGAGCUUGUGGUGUUGAUGACGUUCUGUUUUCUGUUUGUAAAUUAUUUGGUAAGCAUAUUUUUCUCUAGGCUUUUUUUCCUUUCGGUUUUACAGUUGUAAAAGGUAAUUAAGAUUAGUUGGACAGUUGAAACCUUCAUCCUUUGACAGAAGUAAAUGGGAAGGGGGUCCGUCCCUUUCUGAAGGUGAUACUCUGUGAGUGUCUGUGAGAGGCAGCUAUCUGCACUCUAAAUUGCAAACAGAAAUCAGGUGUUUUAAGACUGAAUGUUUUUAUUUAUCAAAAUGUAGCUUUCGGGGAGGGGGGGGAAAUGUAAUACUGGAAUAAUUUGUAAAUGAUUUUAAUUUUAUAUUCAGUGAAAAGAAUUUAUUUAUGGAAUUAAUCAUUUAAUAAAGAAAUAUUUACCUAAUA